UUCCUGGAUCAAUUGGUGGCCAGAAGACAGUUUAUUGGGGACAGGUUUCAGAGGCUGGGGACAAGUCUUCAUUUAGCCACAGGUGACCCAGGUGAUAAUAUGCAGAGAGGAGGCCUAAGGUUUCACAGGAAACUGAGAAUAACUGACCCAUCUCCCUACCACCCUGUCAAAAGGGCACCGGGCCUCUGUCCCGAGAUUGGGUGGCUGCUCUGACAUAAGGAUGCAAAGGAACUGCGGGGACAGUUCUGAGGAGGUGUGAGGUCCCUGCGGACAGGAACUGGGGUGAGGCUGCUUCAGGACCCUGCAGUGUCUGGCAGGGGGGCCUCCAAGGAGAUCAUAAAGGUGGGUGGAGUUACUGAGCUGGAUGAAGAACGGGGCUGGGGGCUGUGUAUGGAGCGGAGGGACCCCUUCCUCUGUUAUCGAAACUCUCCACCUUGCGUGUGGGCGCCCUCCCUAGCAAUCCAGUCAUUCAUCCAUGUACUAGGACAGGACUGUUAGGCACAGGAGGAUUCAGUCUACACCCUCCUUGGAGAUGCUCACAAGGGGGUAGGGAUUCCAUCCUGUCUCUGGGCGGCAGGUGCUAAAAGUCUCAUGGGCGGGCUUCCCUGGUGGCGCAGUGGUUGAGAGUCCACCUGCCGAUGCAGGGGACGUGGGUUCGUGCCCCGGUCCGGGAGGAUCCCACAUGCCGCGGAGCGGCUGGGUCCGUGAGCCAUGGCCGCUGAGCCUGCGCGUCCGGAGCCUGUGCUCCGCAACGGGAGAGGCCACAACAGUGAGAGGCCCGCGUACCGCAAAAUGGGCGAGUUACUCACCUCCCUUAGGCUCAGAUGCCUCACUACAGCAUCACUUCAGUAAGUCUGCGUCGAAUGCAUGCUUUUGGGGUUGGAGGGUAGAGGGUUGUCCUGGCUGGGGGUGGGCAUGGGUGGAUGGUUGGUGAGAGUACUGAGUCGGGGGUUCGGCUCCCAGGUGGAUCUCCGGCUUGAGCUCGGGAUUCUGAAGGUGCCUUUUACAGUCCCGCUGCAGAACCCCUCCCAGCAGCUGUUCCCAGGAGCCUAUUGUCACCUUGGGGCUUUGUAUGGCCACAGCAGGGUGGGGCGGCUUUGUCUCAGGAGGCCUGGGAAGUUGCAGCUCAGAGCACCUCAUGUGGGGGACUGAGGGGGGGGGUCAGGGUGUGGGUGAUCCCCAAGGGGCAGGUUCUGAGAGACUGUUAUUCCCAGUGGGGCGUAGGAAUCAGGUGAAUGUACUUUGGGGGGGUUAAUUUUGAUCACAAGGAAGGGGCUCAGAAUGUGAUGGGGGGACUCUGAGUGAGGGAUCACGGGGUGGGGGGCUGACGUCUCGGCGUGUACUCUCAGAAAAACUGUAAUUCCUGGGGGGUGUCAAACUCUGGGUGAUCUUAAUGGGGGAGGGCCAGCAUGUGAAUUGCGGGGAUGUCUAAGUGUACGUGUGAUGGGGGUGAAGAUCCGAACGAGUGUGCCAGCGGGGUGAGUGGCUGGGCAUCGGAGUGGGCUGGUGUGGGGCAGCUCUCCGGAGGGCAGGAGCCUCUGGUCCCAGGGAGGGGAGAGUCGGAAGCAGAGCCGCCAGGAACUGACCAAUGGGGAGAGCGCCCGUAUUUGCACUCAGGAGCCUGCAAAUUCUUGGGCCCUCAGAAAUCCGCCCGACACCGUCCCCCCUCCCCCGCCCAACCCCGGGCAUAAAAGGCGCCAGGUGAGGGCCUCGCCACUCCUCUUGCCGACUGCAGCCACUCCGACCGGUGUCGCCCGCGUCCUCCUUCGCCAUGACUUCCUACAGCUAUCGCCAGUCGUCGGCCACCUCUCCCUUCGGGGGUCUGGGCAGCGGCUCCAUGCGCUUCGGGGUGGGAGGCGCCUUCCGCGCGCCCAGCAUCCACGGGGGCUCGGGUGGCCGCGGCGUGUCGGUGUCCUCCGCCCGCUUCGUGUCCUCGUCCUCCUCCGGGGGCUACGGCGGCGGCUAUGCGGGCGCCCUGGCCGGCUCCGACGGGCUGCUGGCGGGCAACGAGAAGCUCACCAUGCAGAACCUCAACGACCGCCUGGCCUCCUACCUGGAGAAGGUGCGCGCCCUGGAGGAGGCCAACGGCGACUUGGAGGUGAAGAUCCGCGACUGGUACCAGAAGCAGGGGCCCGGGCCCGCCCGCGACUACAGCCACUACUUCAAGACCAUCGGGGCCCUGCGGGACCAGAUUCUUGGUGCCACCGUUGAGAAUUCCAGGAUGGUCCUGCAGAUCGACAACGCUCGUUUGGCUGCAGAUGACUUUCGAACCAAGUUCGAGACGGAGCACGCCCUGCGCGUGAGCGUGGAGGCCGACAUCAACGGCCUCCGCAGGUUGCUGGACGAGCUGACCCUGGCCAGGACCGACCUGGAGAUGCAGAUCGAGAACCUCAAGGAGGAGCUGGCCUACCUGAAGAAGAAUCACGAGGAGGAAAUCAGUGUCCUGAAGGGCCAGGUGGGUGGUCAGGUCAGUGUGGAGGUGGACUCCGCUCCGGGCAUCGACCUAGGCAAGAUCCUGAGCGACAUGAGAAGCCAAUAUGAGGUCAUGGCUGAGAAGAACCGGAAGGAUGCUGAGGCCUGGUUCACCAGCCAGACCGAGGAGCUGAACAGGGAGGUCGCUGGCCACACGGAGCAGCUGCAGAGCAGCAAGACGGAGGUCACCGACCUGCGGCGUACCCUCCAGGGUCUGGAGAUCGAGCUGCAGUCUCAGAUCAGCAUGAAAGCUGCCCUGGACGGCACGCUGGCCGAAACGGAGGCUCGCUUCGGAGCCCAGCUGGCGCAGAUCCAGGCGCUGAUCAGUGGUGUCGAAGCCCAGCUGAGCGAUGUGCGUGCCGACACCGAGCGGCAGAACCAGGAGUACCAGCACCUAAUGGACAUCAAGUCCCGGCUGGAGCAGGAGAUCGCCACCUACCGAAACCUGCUGGAGGGCCAGGACGCCUACUACAACGACCUGUCCACCCCGAAGGUCCUCUGAGUCUAGCAACCUCCUGGCCUUCCUACUCUGCUGCAGAGGGAUUCCCCUGGGUAGGGGCAUGGGAGGGGAGGGACCCUUAUCCCUGGCUCUCCCCCUGAUCUUCCAAUAAAACUUUAUGG